AUGAAGAAAGGGAAAACGAAGAGAUCGAAAACUCUGAAAAGAGGGAAAACUAAGGGGAUUGAGACUCCUGAACGCUCCAAUUCUGGUGUCACUGUGCUAACUAAUACUAAAUAGCGCAAUCUCUCGUGGGCCAGAUCCCAUCUCUAAAGGAGGAGAAAGCGUUAAGGUAGUUGUUAGAAUCAGGCCAAUGAACAUGAAGGAACAGAAGCGUAGUGACCAAUAUAUCGUAGAAGCUGUUGAUGAUAAGCACAUUCAGUGCCAAGAAGCAAACAAAAUAUGAAAGUAACCUCCAAGAAGAUGUCUUUGACAAAUGUGGAGUUCAUGAGCUCAUAGAUGCAGCCUUGACAGGAUACUCUGCCACUGUAUUUGCUUAUGGGCAGACUGGGAGUGGCAAAACCUACACAAUGGCAGGAAUUGAAGAUAAGCUAGGGAACAAAGAAUGGGUACCAGAUAAUAAUGACGGACUUAUCCCCAGAAGUAUUCGAUAUAUGUGGGAAAGGAUGACCAAUAGGAAAGAACAAUUUUACGUCAAAGCUGCCUUUAUGGAAAUUUAUAAUGAACAACUUCGAGAUCUCCUAAAUCCCUCUACAGGAAUUCUCCAAUGUAGAUGGAGUGCAAAAAGUGGAUUCUUUGUGGAAGACUUAAUGGUAGUGGAAUGCACCUCUCCAGAUGAUCUAAUUUCAGUCCUUCAUGAAGGGAUGAAGAACCGUAAAUCAGGUUCCCAUGAACUUAAUCCCGACAGUUCAAGAUCUCAUUCAAUUCUCAUUAUCUACCUUAUUUCUGAGACAGUUGCUGAUGAUGGGCAUAUUUUUAAGAAGUAUGGUAAAAUAUCGUUCGUAGAUCUAGCAGGAUCAGAAAGACUUAAGGAAACUAAAUCAAAAGGAGUUAUGCUUAAAGAGACAGGAAACAUCAACAAAUCUCUCUUUACACUUGGAAAAGUAAUCUCCUGUCUUGCUGAUUCCAAGAAAAAGAAGAGCGAUAAGCAUGUCCCAUACAGAGACUCGAAGUUAACCAUGCUUCUGAUGGAUUCACUUGGAGGAAAGUCUAAAGCUCUCAUGAUUGCAUGAAUAUCUCCCUCCAGUGCUUACCUUGAAGAGACAUUGAGUACAUUGAAUUAUGCCACAAGAACAAUGAAUAUUAAGAACAAGCCUAUUAUUCAGAUGGACAAGCUCGAACAGGACAUCUAUAAUUUAAAGGAAGAAGCCCAGAGACUAAGACUAGAGAAUGAAUGGCUGACAAAAGAAAUCAAAUCUCGCAAUGGAGGCAAACCAAUUGAAAUCCCUAAGCAACUAGCCAGCAUUAAUCUCCCACCUAUCAAGGGUAGAGAUGCUUUCCAAGUCGAAAUAGGAGGUGGACCUAGGAGUGAAAUGAUACCUGGAGGAGGAGGCUUUGAAGGACUCUCCAAGCCUCUCUCUGCCCAAAGUAACAUGAGUGGAAGAAGAGCAGCUGCUGCAACUGAUUUUGGAGGAGAGUUUUCAGGUCAACUAAUGAUGCAAGAAUUUGAUCUCGAAGUUAUACGCCUCAAGCAAGAAAAUCAUCAACUUAGAUAUCAAAAAGAACUUACUAAAAGAGAUUAUGAAAAUGUUCUCUUUGAAAAUAAUACUCUGAACUCAAAGCUAGAGAAUCUAGAAAAUGUUUUCAUUGGGUCUGCAAUACAGAGAAAUCCAGCAAAGUCUAAAUCUAACCUCUCUUCAGAUUAUGCAACAUCUACUCUCAUGCUUGAGAACCAAAAGUUGAAAAAGAAGCUAGAGCAUGUUGAACAUGAGAGGCUUGAACUCUCAAGAACAGUGCAAUCAUUCCAAGAGAAAGCACCCCCUAUCCAUAGUAAGGCAUUUGACACAGUGAAGGAAGAGAAGGAAAUCAAGAAGCUUCAAAGGCAGCUGGAUUUCUUUAAGAAACAAGAAAAGGACUUACUGGCGCAGUUAAAUAAACCUCUUUAG